CAACUACCUUGAGCUCGCUUGUCCAAUUCAGCCCUUGGUGCUCCCAACUUAUCCCUCUCUCUGCCUCCAAGCUUAUCUUCUGUACUUUGAAUUCACUUUGAUUUCCGACCUUCAUGCGCACAGUCUGCUAAUCUAGCGGACGUUUUUCUUUGGAUUCCUCCUUCUCCCACGUCUCCUCUAAAUAAUGGUGCGCCUGCGAGAGAUACCCAGAACGGCGGCUUUUGCCUGGUCUCCGAGCGCUACGAACCCAAGCAUAGUCACUGGCACGAAGGCUGGGGCCGUCGAUGCGGACUUUUCCAACGAGACUCAGCUGGAGCUCUGGGACUUGGAACUGGGCAAUCGGUAUGCAGGAGAAUUGCAACCUAUUGCAAGCAUAGGCGUGGACUCUAGAUUCCAUGACGUCGCGUGGGGACCGCCCAAGGAUGACAAUAGAGGUGGCGUAAUAGCUGGUGGCUUGGAUAGUGGUGUUUUGGACCUCUGGGACGCGAAUAAACUCCGCUCUGAUUCUAGCAAUGCUCACGUCUCACGGAUCACAAAGCAUACUGGCGCUAUCAAAUCUCUACAAUUUAAUUCCUUUCGUACCGAGCUCCUGGCUACAGCUGGUUCAAAGGGUGAACUCUAUAUCAACGACCUCAACGACUCUGGAAAAACAUUCAGGCUAGGUACAGCAGUAGCAAGGGCAGACGAUUUCGAAACACUGGACUGGAACAAGAAGGUGGCACACAUUCUGGUCACAGGUAGUAGCGGUGGUUUCGCGACAGUGUGGGAUGCUCGCGCCAAGAAAGAAAGUUUGACUCUCAACAACUUGAGCAGGAAGGCCAUCAGUGCAAUCGCUUGGGAUCCGGAGAACUCGACUAAACUUGCAACUGCUACGUCUAGUGACCAGGACCCACUGAUUCUGAUAUGGGACCUACGAAACUCGAAUGCGCCGGAGCGAACGCUAAAAUUGCAUGAACAGGGCAUACUUUCUCUAGCUUGGUCCGUCCAUGACCCAUCAUUACUUUUGUCUUGUGGCAAAGACAACAGGACAAUUUGUUGGAACGCUAGGACCGGCGAGGCCUUCGGUGAAUUUCCUAUUGUCACGAACUGGACUUUUGAGACGAGGUGGAAUCCAAGGCAACCCAGUCUUCUCGCUACAGCAUCUUUUGAUGGCAAGAUCGGUGUUCAGACCAUCCAGAAUACGAACAAAGAUGUACAAAAGUCGUCUGCCGCUCCCGCUCUCGAUGAUGCAGACUUCUUCGCACAAGCUGGUAGUCAACCACAAGGUGUAGCAUUCUCCUUGACCAAGGCUCCGAAGUGGCUCGAACGGCCUAUCAGUGCUACUUUCGGAUUCGGCGGCCAUCUUGUCAAAGUAGGGCUUACAGAUGCCUCCUCGAGGACUUCGAAGAUCACGAUAUCAACAUACGUAGCAGAUGCUGCAGUUGGUGACGCUGCUGAAAAAUUUGAAGAAGUCUUGAAGAAGGGUGAUUAUGCUUCGUUCUGCCAGUCGAAGAUCUCCGAAGCAAGGACAGAAGACGAGAAAGCUGACUGGACAGUGAUUGAGACUUUGCUCUCAGGUUCGAGAUCAGGUUUGAGGGACUAUCUCGGCUUCAAGCCUUCUCAACUUAAAGCCAACGGUGAAAGUGAGGCUAAGCAAUCAAAUGGUGUUCAAGAGGACGAUUCAGCAUUUUUUGGUAAUGUCUCAGCAGAUGACAAUUUCCUCUCUACAUUGGCUUCGACCAAAGGUGCGAGAACCAAUAACCCUUUUAAGAUCUACACUGGGUCUGAAAGCGAUGCCGACAAAAAAAUCACAAAAGCACUCAUGCUUGGCUCUUUUGAAGAAGCAGUGGAUAUAUGUCUAAAGGAAGACAGGAUCUCGGAUGCCUUUAUGAUUGCUAUAUGUGGCGGCCAGAAAUGCAUUGACAAGGUGCAAGCAGCAUAUUUCAAGCGCCAGGGAGAUGGGCCAAACUACCUGCGCUUACUGGCCUCUGUAGUUGGCAAGAACCUGUGGGAUGUAGUCUAUAACGCCAACUUAGCCAACUGGAAGGAAGUGCUUGCCACACUUUGCACCUUUGCGGACGAGAAUGAAUUCCCGGAUCUUUGCGAAGCCCUAGGAGAUAGAUUAGCAGAGUCCCUGGAUGGGAGCGAAUGCGAACUCGCGCGGAAAGAUGCUUCUUUCUGCUACCUUGCAGGCUCAAAGUUGGAGAAAGUUGUCAGCAUCUGGACACAAGAGCUUCAGGAAAACGAGAAGGCAGCAUUGGAGUCCUCGGAAGCAGACUCGGCCUACUCUGUUCACGCUAAAGCUCUUCAAGAUUUCAUCGAAAAGGUUACCAUUUUCCGGGAAGUCACCAAGUUCAAGGAUUCUGAAGUAUCGAAAACUUCCGAAUGGAAGCUCGAGCCACUUUAUGCGAAGUAUGCAGAGUAUGCAGAUAUUUUGGUCUCAAAUGGUAAGAUGCCGCUUGCACAACGGUAUCUAGACCUAGUUCCCGAAGAAUUUGCCCCUGCAGUUGCAGCCAAGGGACGGCUAAAGCAGGCCGCUCAGAAAUCUGUCGCAGCAGCUCAGCCAAGACAGUCAAGUUUGACGAAUGUUGCACGAGGUCAACGUGUAGUUCCUGCAUAUCAGCCUUCGGCCAGCCCAGGACCGGCUACAACUUCGUCACCGUAUGCACCAGCUGCUCAGCAAGCAGCUUCCAGCUAUCACCCUCCCGCCACAUCACAGACUUCCUACACUUCGCUAUAUCAACCACAACAGCAAAGUUCGUACCAACCCCCGAGCUAUCAACCAGCAGCGUUUGGUGGUGUUGUUCCCCCGCCUCGCCAAUCGUCCGCUUCUCCAGUGGUACAACCAGCUGCUCAAAAUCGAAACCUUCAAGCGUGGAAUGACACCCCUGACUUUGGGCCCAAACCAACCGUGUCUAGGAGAGGUACACCUAGUCUAAGUCAACCUCCAGUCAAUGCACCUUAUGGAAAUCAGCAAACUGGUAUUACGCCACCAACUUCGUUCUCACCUCCCCAGGCAAAACCGGUUGGGCCACCUCCAAAGGCUGGUGCAGCACGUGUUAUGUCUCCACCUCCUGUUAGCAAUCUGCAGCAAGAAGUCAGCAGACCAUCGUCGUCCGCCGCCAAUGCGUAUGCUCCGCCACAACCUUCUCAAUCAUUCUCAAACCAGCCAUCACAACUACCACCUCCAUCUGUACCCCCAAUUCCGCGAGGCGCUUCACCCUACAAUCCCCCACCCUCAAACGCUCCACCAACAAGCCGCUACGCCCCGGCCCCAGGGACAGCAUCAAAUAUGACUCCUGGUGUUGGGGGUGGGCCACCGCCAGGUGCUCGUCAGGUAGCGCCUCCUCCAUCAAAUGCCGGAUUUACACCUAGCCCGUACGGCCAAGCUCCAACAAUGUCGAAACCGACUCCACCGCCGUCUAUGGCUCCAGCUCCGCCACCGAAGGGGGCAGCAUUGGGACAUACUCCAUCUGGCAAUGCGCGAGCGAAUCAUAGAUCAACAGGAUCAGCGAAUCAGCUUCCUUCACCACAGCGAUCUGCUUCUCGUCCUGGAACAGCCGAUGGUGAGAAAGCCCCUUCUGCCCCCAAGCAUCCUGCGGGGGAUAGGUCACAUAUCCCAGCCACAGCACAACCAAUCUUCCAAAUUCUCAAUGCGGAGAUUCAACGUAUCAAAUCAAAGGCACCAGCACAAUUCAGACCCCAGGUUCUGGACACGGAGAAGAGAUUGAAUAUUUUGUUCGAUCACCUGAAUAAUGAAGAUCUGCUUAAACCGGAUACCAUUACACAGAUGAACGAAGUGUCUCAGGCAGUACAAGGGCGACAAUUUGAGCUUGCACAGGCGCUCUUCCAGGAUCUUAUGACAAGCAAAACGGAUGAGGGUAGCAAUUGGAUGAUUGGUGUUAAACGACUUAUACAAAUGAGCCGUGCGACUCCGCUUUGAAGGAUGUCUUGAAAGUCAAUAUCUCCAUAAGGGAUACAUGAAGACGGUGUUUUACGUAGGUGACAUCACGAAAAAAAAGAGCUUAUCAGCGAGAAGUCUAGAUUAUAUGAUUAUUUUACAAAAUGCCUGACUUCAAUUUGUGCCCAAUUUCGCGGCGCUCGUUUAUGGUAACAUGAAAUCACGAAUACUUAGCAGUCACCACCACCAAAGUGGAUGCAUGUUCCCAUCCAG